GACUGGCGGAAAACGAAAUUGGUGUGCGAGUUUUAUUCGAGUGCUGAUGCUGAGUGAUGCUGGUACUUGCUGGUAAAGCAUUUUGUGAAGUUCAAAAGUUAAAUAAAUAAACGACCAGUGAUUCGAUGGUUCACAGCCUUAAUAAAUAAAAGGAUACUCAACUUCAAUGGCUGAACAAAAUAAUUUCUCUGAAGCAUCUUUUGCCGCAGACCAAUCAAAAGUUUCUGUUGACAGGAAGCGGCGUACGCGAGGUCAAGCAAACAUCAUGGGCUCUGCACCGACCAACGUUGAUCUCACUCGAGACAACGAAAAUGCUACGCUUGCCGCCAUGCCCAUCCAAGAUUCCGGCUCAUUCAGUCUACAAACGACUAUCGAUGAAGAGAAAUAUCGAUUCGCUGGCGAGUGCCACAAGUCGGCCAACAAGUAUUCCCAACGCCUGGAGGAAAUUGAGGUCAAGUUGGGAGAAUGUGCCGACACGGCUGCCAAGUUUCGCAAGAUCGAAGAACAGAUGCAGACAGGGGAACGAGACAUAUUUGAGAAACUUCAAAGCGUCCUGGAAGCCAACCGGAAGAAACGCGAAGCACGUGAGAAACGUAUUUCAAGCCUUCUGAAGAGAAUGACGAAUUGAAUGAUUGCUCCAGUUUAUUGAUACACAGCGAACUGUUUGAUGAACCCUAAAAAAUCUGGGUCUUUGUAAAUGUAACUAACUACUGAAAUUUUCAGUAAUAUUAUAUCUUAAUUAUUGGAUUAUCAUUAAUGUUAUAAGUGAAGUUUAUAUAAUUUAGAGUCUCAGGAGAUAAAGAAAGCUCAAAAUCCAAAGUUAA